UUAGAAUUACAAUUUAUUCAGGAACGAAUAAUGCAAUAUGCAAACUUCAAAAGAAUUGAGAAACUAAUCCUACAGAAGAAAGAUAAGGUUUAUCUAUUUCGAAAAAACAUUAAAAUAACUAGAUCUAGCAACAAAUUUGAUUACAAAAAGCUAGAGCUAUUCAAAAUCUUGUAA